GUUCCACACGACAGUGAGUACCGACACGAAACUUAUACCUGGUUGUCACAUCUGUUCAACCUCUUCGCCAUGAAGCCGAUGCUCCUGGUAAUGCUAGCAGGUUUUGUUGUGGUGGUCGCAAAUGAUAGGAUGAGACGUAAUGAAUUCGCUGCUACGUCAAGUGUUCAAGGGGUGCUGGAGGGUACGUACAGCGAAAGUGUUGUGGAAUCCCAGGCCAGAGAAGACACACGGGCUGCUCGGAUGGAAGCUGCACCGUCUCCCAACUCCGUCGAGGGGGACAUGAUUAUGACCCUUGAGCAAGAGGAGGAGUACAUGGUUGUGCAAGAGGCCACGGCAGAGAACAAGACGCGUAUACGACGCAGUGGAGCCACCGCCUUUAAAGGUUGGCCCAACGGUACUCUGGUGUACACGUACGCGGCUGAUGUCAGUUCACACACAAAGCUCUUAUUCGAGAAAGCUAUCAAGAAAUACAAGGAGAAGACAGGCAUACAAUUUGUGGAAGCACAUGAUGGAUCAUACGUGGGUACGAUCCAGCCAUUAACGGUCCGACAAAGAGGAGCUGGAUGCUACGCAACACUUGGCUGCGUCGGUGUGAACUGUGGUGGUUUCAUCAACCUUCAAAAAUAUGCAUGCGAAGUGAUCGGGGUUAUGCUUCAUGAGAUCGGACAUGCCCUCGGCCGAUUCCAUGAGCACACGAGAAGUGACCGAGAUAACCACAUCUUUGUGAUACGGAGCAACAUUCGUCCUGGCUUUGAAAAAAAUUUUGAGAAGCGACAAUGGCCCAUCGUAGCGCCUUACGACAGCCAUUCCGUCAUGCAUUACGCUGCAUUGGCCUACUCUCGUGACGGCGUUUCGGAGACCAUAUUCCCUUACAACGCAAGAGACAGGCUCAAAAUGGGUAGGCAGUCUGAACUGACCCGUCUUGACGCGUAUUCCAUCAACGCCGCCUACAAUCUCUUUGAAUGCUCCUCACCAGAGAACGUGUGGAAACGAUGUCGCCGAGGUGGAGUACCAAACAAGCACUGCACCUGCGACUGCUUACCAACCUUCUCGGGUCCAUACUGCGAGACCUUCGAAAAGCCAACAGACUGCAGCCAGAUUCACACGAGGCGGUCGGGUACCAUCACUUCUCCCGGGUUCCCACGGCGAUAUCCAAAUAAUGCUCAUUGCACCUAUGUUAUUGAGUGCUCCGAAAAAUCACUCGUUGAGCUGAGAUUUAAGAACUUCCGGCUGGAAGCCGGUAACUGUUGGUACGACACUCUGUCCAUAUUUAUGGGAGUGCUGGAAUCAGAAACUUAUCCAGACGUAUAUUGUGGCAACUUUCUACAGGGCCAAUUGCUGGUGUCUUUUGAUAACGUGGUCAUUAUGGACUUCAAGAGUGAUUCCGGGAUCAGAUUCCCAGGAUUCGAGGUUAAGUAUCGCUGCGUCCCCACAUAUUAUUGAUACGCCGGUACCUAAGCUCUCGUACAAUUCGUGCGCGCAAUAAUGUAGUGCGCAAAACUUGUAUACAGUGUGGCCAACUUGAUUUCAAAACUGUAGCGUGGCUGGAGUUUUGCUGAACCGUUGCCACUCUGAUUUUUUUGGUCCCGUUUUGAUUGAAUUUACAAAAUUACGCUCGGAGUACACUAAUCAAAUAAUAUCUAUUUUGAGUACUAUGUAACGCGGUAUUCAAUGCUUUUGCUGUUUGUUUUCACCAUCUCGUAUUUGUUUUUAUGAUCCAAUUUUGCGCCAAGUAAACAUCUGCCCGUCACGAUUUUAACUCUAUCAGCGUUCAAACUUGGCUUUUCAGUUCUCUGAGCCAUUAUUCUGCAUGCUGUGUACCCCUUAGCUAGGCCUACGUAUCCCAAAGAGCUGUUGGAUAAAAUACAUAAGUGCCUUCAGGAUUUAUUCCCAAACAGUUUAGCACAAAUGAAAUCCAUCUUUUGCAUUAUUAAAGGCAUAAUUUGGCUACUUUUUUCUAAAGGAAGAAUAGAAAUUUUUGUGAGUAUGAAUUUCAACUUAGUGUGAAUAAAGUGACCCUGCAUGGGAACUAACUUUACAUUUGUGAAUGUAAAUUUAGAUUUGGUGCGAAUAGACAUUCAAAAUUAGUGGCAGUAUGAAUUGGAAAUCCAAUUUAUUGAAAAGAAAUUACAUGCAGGCUGAAUGUUACUUGCUUAGAUUUUUUGUUUUAAACUUUCAAACUUUUGUUCAACGUAAAUAUGUUGUGGUGCAAGGGUCAUGGACGACCGGUUGUUGUCAUGUUUGUCUCAGGAGUUUUACUGGUUUACCGGUUUUCCAACUAUUUUAACAUCAAUACAUGUAUGUCUUACAAAUUGCCAAACAUGCUACAGUUAUGAUACAAAAUCAAUCGAGACGAAGUUAACGCAAUGAGGACUUCUGAGGACGAUUUGGAAUGCUACAGAAAUGGACAUUCGAUGAAAUCCGUUGUUGGCUUUUGAAAUCGAAAUUGGGAGUUGAGCUUGACAGUGUUCAACGAUGAAAUUAAGCACUUAUUUCACACAUCACAAUCCAUACAGAACGAUACCUUAAUGAUAACUGUUUAUUUGGCAUAGGCCUUAUAAUUGCAUGUGUAAGAAUGUAGGUUUAGAAUCUUGCAUGAUGGACUCUUUGGCCGAUCUGCGUGUAGUCUGUUGUCUUUCAAGAAUAAAAUUGCUCUUGCUCGGAA